AUGGAUCCCGAGGCGGCGGGGGACGAGCUGUCCCGAUUGCGCGCUCUCUUCCUGGCGUGCGACGCCAGCGGCUCGGGCCGCAUCGAGCGGGAGGACUUCGCUGCUCUCUGCGCCGAGCUGCGAGUGCGGCCGGCCGAGGCCGAGGCCAUCUUCCAGCGCCUCGACAGCGACCGCGACGGGGCCAUCACCUUCCCGGAGUUCGCCCGCGGCUUCCGCGGCGCCACGCGGCCGCAGCCCGCUGGCAGCGAGCCGGGGGGCGAGGGCAUGGAGGAGGAGGAGGCGUCAGCGGCUUGGGUCGCCGCGGGGCUGGAGCAACCCUGGAAGGACUUCGAGGUGCGGCUCGGGGACGAGGCGAGAUACAUCCCCAGACAGGAGCAGGUCAGUGUUCUGUAUCAGAACAUACACAUAGCAGAACCAAGAUUAAUCCAGCCAUAUGAGCAUGUCAUUAAGAACUUCAUCCAAGAGAUCAAACUUCAAAGCACAGAGAUGGAAACUCUGGCCAUAGCGGUAAAAAGAGCUCAGGACAAAGCAGCAGUUCAACUCAGUGAGUUGGAGGAAGAAAUGGAGCUACGGAUACAGGCUGCAGAGCAUAAAGUUAAAAAGGAAGAGAAGCAAAAAGCUGAAGAAGCGCUAAAUGAGCUGAAGCGCCAGUAUGACACCGAAGUUGGGGAUCUUCAGGUGACAAUAAAAAAGCUUAAAAAGCUGGAGGAGCAAUCCAAAUAUGUCAGUCACAGGGAAGAUGUAGUUGAACUGAAAAAAAGAAUACAUGAUAUGUUGCUGGAAAAUCAGAGACUUAAGAAAGAUCUUUUAGAAGCACAGACAAAUAUAGCUUUUCUACAGAGUGAAUUAGAUACCUUGAAAAGCGAGUAUGCAGAUCAGUCUUUGAACACUGAGAGGGAUUUAGAAAUCAUCCGAGAGUAUACUGAAGACAGAGAUAAUCUGGAAAGACAAAUUGAAAUACUUCAAUCAGCUAAUAGAAAAUUACAUGACAGCAAUGAUGGUUUAAGAAGCGCACUUGAAAACAGUUUCAGCAAGUACAACAGAUCAUUGCGGUUAGCAAAUACCUCACCAGGAAGUACCAUUUCCAGAAGCAGUCUUAAAUGUAAUGGUGAACAUUCUCCUUUAAACCCACGGUAUGACAGGUCAUCUCAUUCGUCUUGUGUUGAUGAAGAUUAUGAUUCUUUAGCCCUUUGCGAUCCAAUGCAAAGGACAAACUGUGAAGUUGACAGCUUACCUGAGAGCUGUUUUGACAGUGGUUUGUCUACCCUGAGAGAUUCAAAUGAGUAUGAUUCAGAAGUGGAAUAUAGGCAUCAGAGGAUUUUUCAAAGGUCACAGUAUAUGCAAGAAGGCUUUGGUGGUGAUGCUUCUGAUACAGAUGUUCCAGAUAUCAGGGAUGAAGAAGCCUACAGUCCUGCUAACAGCCCUGGAGUUUUAGACUGGAAGCCCUCACGACCAGUUAGUCGAAGCAGCUCAGUUGCUUCAACGAGAAAACACUUAUCUGCUCUCACCCCUCAGUCAGAUGCAACUGAAUGCACUCCAAAAUACCCCAGUUCAGAGAAGGCUUACAAGAUUGUUCUUGCUGGAGAUGCAGCAGUGGGAAAAUCCAGUUUUCUUAUGAGACUUUGCAAGAAUGAAUUUCAAGGCAAUACCAGUGCAACUCUGGGUGUGGAUUUUCAAAUGAAAAGACUAAUUGUUGAUGGAGAACCUACAGUGCUACAGCUGUGGGACACAGCUGGGCAGGAAAGAUUUAGAAGUAUUGCUAAAUCAUACUUCAGAAGAGCAGAUGGUGUCUUACUACUAUAUGAUGUAACAUGUGAAAAAAGCUUUAUUAAUGUGAGAGAAUGGGUGGAUAUGAUAGAGGAUGCGACUCAUGAGAAUAUUCCAAUUAUGAUGGUGGGAAACAAGGCAGAUCUCCGUCAAGAUGUUACAGAGCAAGGGCAAAAGUGUGUGCCUAUAAACUAUGGAGAAAAGCUGGCUAUGACUUAUAAUGCGCUAUUCUGUGAAACAAGUGCUAAAGAUGGGUCUAAUAUUGUGGAAGCAGUUCUUCAUCUUGCACGCGAGGUGCGAAAACGAAGUGGUAAUCAAGAUGAUACAAGAUCAAUAACCAGCCUGUCUGGGACACCUGUCAAAAAGUCAGCACUCUCAAAAAACUGUUGCAAUGUUUAA